AUGCUCACCCUCGACGUUUCCUUCUUCGACCCAUCCUUUGGGAUCCAAGCUUCCGUCGGGCCCUCGGUUGCUGGAAACGUUGACUCUGGCGAUUCGUGGGCUCACUUGCGUGUCCGAGAUGGUGCUCCAGUGCAGCGACAACUGCAGCAGCAGGAGCAGCGGGAUGAGAAGUUGAUAAACGACGAGCAGCUUCAGGCUGCUGAGCAGGUACGCGCGGAAGUCGAGAAGCAGAGAAUGCUGGCGGCAAUUGGAGAGUGGAAGCCCCAGGAGAAUGUGGGGAAGCAGUGGCGGCGGAAUUUGCAUAAACGGAGCUGGCGGAAGAAGAGCAAGAAGCAGCAGCAGCUGGCGAAGGCGGCUCAGGAGAAGGCGGCUCAGGAGAAGGCGGCACAGGAGAAGGCGGCACAGGAGAAGGCGGCACAGGAGAAGGCGGCACAGGAGAAGGCGGCACAGGAGAAGGCGGCACAGGAGAAGGCGGCACAGGAGAAGGCGGCACAGGAGACGGCGGUUCAGGAGAGGGCGGCACAGGCAACGCCGGCACAGGCAACGCCGGCACAGGCAACGCCGGCAGGAGUGACGCCGGCAGGGAAAACGACGGCACCGAAGACGGCGGCACAGCAGACGGCGGCACAGGAGGCGGCAGCACAGGAGGCGGCAGCACAGGAGGCGGCGGCACAGGAGGCGGCGGCACAGGAGGCGGCGGCACAGGAGGCGGCGGCACAGGAGGCGGCGGCACAGGAGGCGGCGGCACAGGAGGCGGCGGCACAGGAGGCGGCGGCACAGGAGGCGGCGGCACAGGAGGCGGCGGCACAGGAGGCGGCGGCACAGGAGGCGGCGGCACAGGAGGCGGCGGCACAGGAGGCGGCGGCACAGGAGGCGGCGGCACAGGAGGCGGCGGCACAGGAGGCGGCUGCACAGGAGACGGCGGCACAGGAGGCGGCGGCACAGGAGGCGGCGGCACAGGAGGCGGCGGCACAGGAGGCGGCGGCACAGGAGACGGUGGCAUAG